UCUUUGUUUCUUUCCUCAUAAUUCUCAACAUGUGGCCUGCCCUGCUGACCACCCCAUCACUGAGCUGAUGUGUUUGUGGAAGUGGUGCAAUGCAUUCCAAGAACUUGCUGCCCAGUGAUGAAAGUCAGCCCAGAGCCAACCACUUUCUGUGUGAGGGUAGGACUACUUAUCUCGUUACAUGUACCUAUGUUAUUUUAUCUGCUAUGUUAUGUUGCUGACUCUUCAGAUCCUCCAUUUCUUUCCAGCCUGUCUUAGCCUUACUGCUCUGAACAGCCUCAUGUCAUCAGCACCUGAUGGAGCUGUGGGAGUCCUUGCUCAUUGCAGGGAAGCUGGACCACAUGGCGUGUUGGACCACAAGUCCCUUCCAACUGAAAUGAGAAGGAGAAUUUGUCAGCUCACUAUUUGCCCCUCUCCAGGUCAUUUAUGGUCAUGAGUUAAGGGCAGAGUUCCAGCACAGUUCCACACAUGAUGCAGCACUGACUCUUCCCUCCAUAGGAUCCUUCCCCCCAUAUACAAGAUCUUCCCUCUUCCUUCUAUAGGGGAGGCUGCCAUAUUAACAAGCAUGUGAUACCUUGUGAUCCAAUUUGCUGAGAGUUUGACCCAGAAGAAAUCACUACGUCCACGUGGAAUUUCUUCAUAGUGUGGGUGUUUUGCCUGCAAAUAGCUCAGUAGGUCUUGUCUGAGCCGCAGUUUUACAUGAAAUAUUUAACAGCUCUUUCAGUAAAGCUCAACUCCCCGUACUAGCACUAUUAACAUUACAAAGGGCAGAGAUGCUGCUCAUUGCUCUGGAGCGACGGAUGAAAGGAAAGGUUUCGCUUUUAACACUGGAUACAGUUUGCAAGGAUCACUAACCCUGAACUGAAUGUCAUUUCUUACUUACUAAGGUCAGUGGCAGUUUAAAUUAACGGGAAGGUUUUAAUCAAAUAAGAACUCGCUAAAACCUCUUUUGCUUAAGAGAUUCCUCAUCCUUGCUGCUUGUUCUACGCUGCCCAGAGGCAAUAGCAAUCAGCACCAAUCGCCCCCCCCCCCUUCCUCCCCUUUUAAUUGAUUUUAAAUUUCCAUGCUCAUUUCUGGAAGAAACCUUUCUAGAAACACAUUGCUCGCCUUGUGCAUUUUCCCUGCGGUGGGUUGCAGAUCUGUUCCUACUUUAUCAGUGGGAAACGGUAGUUCAGAACAAGAAACUUUAAAGAUGAGCUGGCUGCAAGAGAAGGUGGGAAUGUGUGUGCUUUACAGCAGCGCCUGGGCAGUGGUCAUUCCGGGAUACGGAGUGCCAUGCCAUCAGUUGAAUAUUUCCAGGCGUGAUAGUUGUGCUCCUUCUCCGUUGGGACUGCAGUGCAAUCUUCAAUUAGAAGACAUGUGAUCUGACAGCCUGCAGCAGAACAAUCCGUUUUCACAGGAGAAGCUUUUCUAGGAUACGGAAGCUUUCACAUCCUUCUUGUUUCUAAAAGCUGUCUUCUAAACCAACCAACCAACCAACCAACCAACCAACCAACAGUGUAGGAUGGCAGUAACAUCACAGCCUCUGCGAGGUAAAAGGGCAUGCAAGAAAAUAUUUUGGGCAGUGUUUCCACAUGCCUGCUUCAUUCUGUCUCUCGUGAUCUACGCUUUUCUUGGGGCUCUCAUGUUUUCCCAUAUUGAAGGUAACCGAAAGGUCAAUUUAAGUGAAGAAUACAGACAUUUCCUGCAGAAUCUGUGGGACAUCUCCAGAAAUUUAUCAGAUAACAUGACGGAAAAUGAGGAGGUAUUUAAGGAAAAAAUUCACGCACUAUUCCACACAGCGAAACGAGACUGGUUUGUCAAUCCAAAAGAUAUAUGGACUUUCUUCGGGUCUCUCUUUUUCUGCUGCACAGUAUUCACCACUGUGGGUUAUGGCAAUACCUAUCCUGUGACAAGGGCUGGAAAAUACCUCUGCAUGCUGUAUGCUUUAUUUGGCAUCCCUCUGAUGUUCUUGGUCCUGACAGAUAUGGGAGACAUCCUUGCGACUGUUCUGUCCAAGUCUUACAAUGAAUUCAGAAAGCUACAGUCAAAAAUUCUAGCCUCUAAAUUCUGUUCUGGAUCCACAUGUAUCAGAGGAAAUGGAUCUAAAGUGGAUGUGAAUGAACCCUUGAGUAUUGUGGAAAUGCUGAGAAGUCAAUCAGCUGUUAGAAAGAAGCCAUCCCAAUAUCGCAACGCACAGAUUUUUGAGAUGUUAAUUGCCAGAGAAAACGAAUACAAAAAACUAUCCAGAAGUAAAAGCAUAGAGAGAUGGAGCUCAUGUCCUGAACUAGACAGGGGAAAAACAAUGACCAGAGUAAUCGAGAAUUUUGACAAAAUAGGUAAAGAGUUAGAAAAACUGGAUGUGCCCAUCGUGUUAAUGGUGCUGGUUAUCUUCGUGUACAUCUCCUGUGCAGCUGCUAUUCUUCCAAACUGGGAGACCAGGCUGGAUUUUCAGGAAGCCUUUUAUUUCUGCUUUAUUACCCUGACAACGAUCGGAUUUGGAGACACACAACUGGAACACCCCAAGUUUUUCCUGUUUUUUUCCCUCUAUAUUAUUAUUGGCAUGGAAAUUGUCUUCAUUGCAUUUAAGCUGGGCCAAGAUCGCUUAAUUGGCUUGUAUAAAAAGGUGAUUUCAUUUUGCGGGGAAAAAAGGGUGCCACCAAAGAAGAUAUAUCCAAAGUAAGCAUAGUCAUUUCUCCAUAGACAGAGUGAAGCACAGUAUUGUGGGAAUAAUAUUGUUUUAUCAAGACUUUCUCAUAUUAUUUGUAAUCUCAAUCAAGCUAUCGAUAACUUCUUUCAGUCAAAGAAUAUACAUGCUCUAUAAAAUAAACCACUGACUUUAAUUAACUGCUUCUUAGUGUGUAAAUGCACACACACUGGAUGUGGAUGGCAUUGUUAGGUGUUAAAGCAUGCUUGAUUUUAACAGGAUGUGCAUUAUUUUCCAUAGCAGGUUUGCCUUUUGAAGAUGAGAUGUUCAGAGUAUGUAAAUGGCAAUCAACUCUGCUACAAUCACUGUAAAUAAUAACUUACAUACAGCCCUUGUUAUUAAUACUUUGUUGUAAUUAAGCACUGAUGAUACGCUUACAUGUAAUGAAUGAUGGUAUAAAGAAACAUGCUUUAUAAGGACAACAAUAAAGGGUAUAGCAGUUAGAAGGAAGUCUGCUUAAUUGUUUAAUGUUUGCUGUGAGUUUGAUAGCACAUGCAAUGUCCUUCCAUUCAGACUACUCUCAUGUCAUCUC